CGGUCGUAACACGGACAUAAAAGCCAAUACCAGAAAAGCCAAUUAACCUAGACAUAAUCUGCAGAAGCACACAUUUAAACAAGAAGAUAAAAACAAGCCCCAUUAAUCAGACACAAGUUGCGACCUAUUGUACAAUAAUGUUGUACAACCCCUUUCUCCAGUUCAGUGUCAUUCUAUUAUUGUAAGUGCUAAAUUUAUAGUAAAGUUCGAUAAAAGAAAAUUAAUAGUUGGGUUACGACUCAGCCUUCUUUUCUCUUACAAUCCAAGUAUCAAUUUUACGUGACAACUACAUGGUUGUAACGUCAAUUCACAUCAGAGACCAGGCCACACACCGCGGACAGGAUGACACCCAGAUGUCUCCACAUCCUUGGCGCUCAGACUCAAGCAUUGCAAUACGAGGAUUAAAUUAAUUUCUAUUAUUUUAAGCUGACCUGUCUAAAUAUGAAUUUUGUGAGAUGUCUUGUAUCUCAAUUACCUUCCUUGUUCAUUAUUCUUACAUUCGCUGUAUUCAUGGAAAGUAAUCGUUAACAAAUUUUAAAGUACGACGUAGAAGAACAUGUUUAAUACGUUAAAAAUGAAAAUUAUCGAACGAAAUAGAAAAAAAUAUUUGUAAGAAUGUGCAUAAGUUCAUUGUAACUCGCUAAUAACUUUGGCAAUUCUCAAUAAAAAGAAAUUACAUUGUAAGUAGAUUUUUGGUAAAUAUAAUCCAAGAUACAUGUGGGAAGAAGAAUGUGCGGUUAUUUGCUAAAAGCUUCAGGAGUGCAUAGGAAUAUGAAAUCGUUGGGCGAAAACGCAGGGCUUGUUUUUUCAGCGAUCGUCUUUUACUUAUUGUAACGUCAAAUCCUUCACGACAACUAAACUGCCUUUUGUACUCGCCUAAUUAUACUCCUAGCAACAGCUCAUAGAUGGCGAGCGACACUUAAUUGCGGUAGUAAGCAUAUAUGUUAAAUUGUUCCAUUCUUACGCUUCACGAGCGCGAGUUCCAAGUUAAAUGGAUAAACCCGUAUGGUUGGUUUUUAUAUAUAAACUGGGUAUAUCAAGCGUUCUUCUGGUUCAAAAAAUUGGACUCAGACUGCCAGUGUUUCGUGGGAUAAUAUAUUUCGUCAUGGAUACUUCUGUCAAUACGCAAAUUCUAAUAUUCGUUUGCAUUUUGUUUCUUAUUGAGGAAAGGUUUCGUCAUCUCUGCAAUAUGGUGCCAUUUUCUAAAGGUAAUUUUAUUUUUCUCAUUUCUUUCUUAAACAUGCAAUCGACCGAUCGAUCGAUCGAACAGUUCGACCUCCGACAAAUAUGGUGGCUUCAUUGCUCUCUCGCGAAUGCGACCGAAAUGUUAAAUUCUGUAUAUGCGAUUCAAUUAUUGCUUUGGAUCAUGGCUAUGUCUUUCAACUUGUUAUCAAGGAUUUAUUCAUUGAAAGUGCACAAAUUAUCGGUUUACUGGAAGAUCAGGGAAUUAAUGCUAGUGACUGAUUGCGCGUGGAAGCUUAUAUUGAUUAUCACUAUGUGUCAUAUGACAGCGAAUCCUGUACAUUCUCGUGAGAAGUAAAGUUUUGUCGAGAUAUAUGUACACCUAUAUAACUGGCUAUUUGUUUAGGCGAAUCGUGUCAGUCAGCUUAUUUUCUCUCCGUACUCUUCCGUUUCUAUGAAACGCGUGUUUCUGCAGGAAAGCGCCGAGGCAGCGGCGUAUUUCCAAUAGCGGAAAGUUCGUAUUGUAGCUAUUGCUGGCAUUAUAAGUGUCGAUUUUCCUCUUUUACUUUCGAUAUUCUCAGGAGUGACGAUCUAUUUCAACAUCC